ACCGAAAAGGAAUUCAAUUCGGAAUGCUAUGUAAAGGUCGAAACAAUAUAAACGCAGGUUGAGGUUUGUUAGCAAGCAGGUACAAUCGGUCAGUUUAUCCCGUUGCUGGGACAGCGCUUGCAAGGAUUUGCCAGAUUUGAAACAUAAAGUGCAGCAGAGACAAUGGCGAAUUCGCAGCAAAACAACGCCUUGGAAUUUAGGGCAAUGGUUUUAAUUUUCAUUCUACAUGCAUUGCACCUGGGGCUUGGACUGAUACGUUAUUCAAUCCCUGAAGAAAUGGAAUAUGGCUACUCUGUUGGGAAUAUCGCUGAAAAUUUGCGAAUAACCGUUCGACAAUUAUCAGCUCGAAAAUGUCGCCUGGUCUCCGCCGAAGAAAGGCAGUAUUUGGAGGUAAAUGUGGACACUGGCGUCUUGUUUGUCAGUAGUCGGAUAGACAGAGAGCAGCUUUGUGCACAGAGUCCGUAUUGUACAAUUGCUUUCCAGAUAAUAUUAGAAACCCCCCUCGAAAUGUACCGGGGUGAGGUGGAGAUUGUCGAUAUAAAUGAUAAUUCGCCCACUUUCCCAGAGAACGCCAUUCUCUUGCAAAUGGCCGAAUCUAUUGCACCGGGCUCUCGCUUCCCACUGGAGAGAGCGCUCGAUCCAGACGUGGGGACAAAUGCGGUCACUGAGUAUACUAUCAGUCGCAAUGACCAAUUCGGGUUGAACGUGAACGUCAGAGAGGAUGGCACAAAAAUUGCGGAGCUGGUGUUGGAGAAAUCAUUGGACCGCGAACAGGAGGCAUCCUUUCAGUUUGCCCUGAUGGCCAUAGAUGGAGGCACGCCUUCGAGAUCCGGGACCAUACAAAUCAACAUCAGCGUACUGGACAACAAUGAUAAUGCGCCCGUAUUCGAGAACGAAGUGUAUACGGCAAACCUAGAAGAAAACGCACCUGUGGGUACUUUAGUGGUCAAGAUUAAAGCUAUCGAUCUGGAUCAAGGUACGAAUGCUGAAUUGAAAUACUCCUUCGUUAAUCUUGUUCCAGAGAGAGUACGUGAGCCGUUCAGCUUGGAUCCUGAAAGUGGAGAGAUCAAAGUUCAAGAACAGCUCGAUUUUGAGGAGACGAACAGCUAUGAACUUGAUGUCCAAGCUGAGGAUAAUGGUACGCCUGCGAUUACUGGACAUUCCAAAAUUUUGAUCAGGUUGAUUGAUGUAAAUGACAAUGCCCCGGAGAUAAAGGUCACCUCCCUGUCUGGGCAAGUCUCCGAGGAUGCUGCGCCCGGGACGGUGGUGGCUUUGAUGGACAUUACUGAUCGUGAUUCUGGGGAAAAUGGAGAGGUUCACUGUCACAUUACAUCGGGCGUUCCCUUUAAAAUUCAAUCCUCUCUGGACAACCAUUAUAAAGUCACCACCAGUCGUGCGUUAGAUCGGGAAACAACUUCAAUAUAUAACGUACAUAUCAUAGCCUGGGACUCUGGGUCUCCCCCCUUGUCAACAAAUAAAACUAUCCAGAUAUCGGUUUCUGAUGUGAAUGACAACGCGCCACAAUUUUUCCAAUCCUCUUACACAUUAUAUGUGAUGGAGAACAACGCUCCGGGUGCUUCUAUUUUCACACCGACUGCGUUUGAUCCAGAUUUGGACCAGAACUCCUACAUUUCCUAUUCCUUCAGAGGGAAUAUUCAGGAUUCUCUGGUGCCCACUUACCUCCGUAUCGACUCGAUGAACGGCACCAUUUACGCACUGCGCUCCUUUGACUACGAAAAGCUAAAAACCUUCCAGUUUCAUGUUCAAGCCCGUGACGCCGGAGCGCCUCCACUAAGUAGCAGAGCCUCGGUGAAUGUGAUCAUCCUGGAUCAAAACGACAACACUCCAGUAAUUGUUUCACCUUCAGAACAGAAUGGAUCACCAGCCGUGCAGAUCGUGCCCCAGUCAGCGGGCCAGGGGUACUUGGUCACCAAGAUAAUGGCAACCGACGCAGAUUCUGGUCAGAACGCACGACUCUCUUUCCGGGUACUUCAAGCAGCCGAACCCGCUCUAUUCAGCGUGGGGCGGAAUUCAGGCGAAAUCAGAACAACGAGAAGCAUUUUGGGCCAUGAUGAUACCUCGCAAAGUCUGGUCAUUUUGGUGAGUGAUAAUGGACAACCGAGCCUGUCAAGUACAGCUACAAUCCGCAUGUCGAUUUUGGGCAACGUUAGUGAGAAAAUAUCUGAAGAUAUGGAUUUGCACAAUGACUCUGGUCAUUCGUCCGAUAUAAAUCUUUAUUUAAUUGUCACCUUCGGAUCAACUUCGGUUUUGUUCCUGCUGACCAUAGUCCUAUUGGUUGUAUUGAAGUGUAAACACGAUGUGGAAGCUGACGGGCGCACAGUUUGUUGUUGCAAGCCAAGGAAUUCGAAGGAGGCAUUUCCUCGAUGUUCUGCGCAGCGAGAUCAGUUGAACUGUAGUGCAGCAGGUCAAACUCUGCCCUUCCCUGAGAGUUACCAUUACUCGGCUUGCCAGUCACGGGAAUCACCCCAGAGUGAAUUCCUUUUCCUGAAACCUUACAAUCCACCUGCCUCUCAAUGGCGAUGCUAAAGAACAAAGGUUUGCCAAACUGAAAGGCUUUUACAAGAUGCUAUGUUUUCUAAAACUAUUGCCUGUCAAACCUCAUUCAUCAUAUCAGCACCUGUGCAAACACAAAGAGUUUGAGUUUCAGGCCACCGGCGUGAUGCUUUAAUGCGUUAUUUCCACAAAUGUUGCCUAAUCUGCUGAACAUUUCCAGUUUUUAUUUUGUUUUCGUGGAUAGGGGAAGCGAAUGCAAAUAAACUGAGAAACACCCGGGCUGCACACAGGAGCCGCGGUAGAGUUGCUGCCUUACAGCGCCAGAGACGCUGGUUCGAUCCUGAC